CCCAGGCGCCCCACCUUGUUCCAGCCUGGGGAGCGCCUCGGGGGCAGCGCGGGACAGUCAGGGAGGCCGAGGCAGGGGCCCUGGGCGUCCGAGCUCCCCAAACCUGGGAGGCGGCCCUGAGUCCCGGAGUCUGAACGCUGGGAAAAGCAAGGACGGGGCGGCCGGCGGAGGGGCGGGAGCUGCUCAUCAGUCACGCCAGUCACGUCUGGGGCCACCCGGCAGCCUAUUUCUCCCUUUCCCCUUUUGCUUUCAUCCCCCUCUCCUGUUGGUGAGGGCAAAGUGGCCGUGGAGGCGCCAUGCCCGGGCCGGAGUGAGUGCGCGCGGGCGAAAAUGGCGUACAUCCAGUUGGAACCUUUAAAUGAGGGUUUUCUUUCUAGAAUCUCUGACCUGUUGCUGUGCAGAUGGACUUGUCGCCACUGCUGUCAGAAGUGCUAUGAGGCCAGCUGCUGCCAGUCCAGCGAGGAUGAGGUUGAAAUCCUGGGGCCUUUUCCUGCGCAGACACCGCCCUGGCUGAUGGCCAGCCGGAGCAGCGACAAGGAUGGCGACUCUGUCCACACGGCCAGCGACGUCCCGAUGACCCCACAGACAAGCUCCUCAGAUGGGAGACGCUCCUCUUCAGACACCUCUAAGUCCACGUACAGCCUAACGCGGAGGAUCUCCAGUCUCGAAUCCAGAAGACCCAGCUCCCCACUCAUCGACAUUAAACCCAUUGAGUUUGGCGUUCUCAGCGCCAAGAAGGAGCCCAUCCAGCCCUCCGUGCUGCGGCGGACCUACACACCUGACGACUACUUCCGCAAGUUUGAGCCCCGCCUGUAUUCCCUGGACUCCAGCAGUGAUGAUGUGGACUCCCUGACGGACGAGGAGAUCCUGUCCAGGUACCAGCUGGGCAUGCUGCACUUCAGCACCCAGUAUGACUUGCUGCACAACCACCUGGCCGUCAGGGUGAUUGAGGCCAGGGACCUGCCGCCCCCCAUCUCCUACGAUGGCUCACGCCAGGACAUGGCCCACUCGAAUCCCUACGUCAAGAUCUGCCUGCUGCCGGACCAGAAGAACUCUAAGCAGACGGGGGUCAAGCGCAAGACCCAGAAGCCAGUGUUCGAGGAGCGCUACACCUUUGAGAUCCCCUUCCUUGAGGCCCAGAGGAGGACCCUGCUUCUCACCGUAGUGGAUUUUGACAAGUUCUCACGCCACUGCGUCAUUGGGAAGGUGUCCGUCCCUCUGUGCGAGGUCGACCUGGUGAAAGGUGGGCACUGGUGGAAAGCGCUGAUUCCCAGUUCUCAGAAUGAAGUGGAGCUGGGGGAGCUGCUUCUCUCCCUGAAUUAUCUCCCGAGUGCUGGGAGACUGAAUGUUGAUGUCAUCCGAGCAAAGCAACUUCUUCAGACAGAUGUGAGCCAGGGUUCAGACCCCUUUGUGAAAAUCCAACUGGUUCAUGGACUCAAGCUAGUGAAAACCAAGAAGACAUCCUUUUUGAGAGGCACUAUUGAUCCUUUCUACAAUGAAUCGUUCAGCUUCAAAGUUCCCCAAGAAGAACUGGAAAACGCCAGCCUAGUGUUUACAGUGUUCGGUCACAACAUGAAGAGCAGCAACGACUUCAUCGGGAGGAUUGUCAUCGGCCAGUACUCUUCCGGGCCCUCCGAGUCUAACCACUGGCGGCGGAUGCUCAGCACCCACCGCACGGCCGUGGAGCAGUGGCACAGCCUGAGGUCCCGGGCCGAGUGUGACCGCGUGUCCCCCGCCUCGCUGGAGGUGACCUGAAGGCCUCCAGGAAGGCAGCUGUCGCUGGUU